CUAUAAUAAAUAUUUUAAAAUAACUUUUAAAAAAUUAAAUAAAGGAAAUAUUUAGAGAUAUAUGAAUACUAUCAACAAUUUUGUUGAGGAAUGCACGACUGAUGAGGUUCUAGGGACGCCAUUGGUUUCGUUCUGUCCGGUUUCGUUAUUUUUUUAGUGGUUUAUAUUAAAGUUUGAAAUAAUGUCACAAUAUGGAAAUUCUCCUAAAACUCCACCUUGGGUCAGAUCAGGUGUAGCUCAAAAUACUGCAGCUGUUACCCAGUCCCUCAUGGCUGCUAACCCACUCCAAACUGCUGGUAUGCUUCAAUAUCCUCAGGUCUUUCAAGGACAGCAGAUGUAUGGUGCUGUGUCAUACCCAACCAGAGCAUUGAACACCGCAGCAUUUCAACAAGGACAGCAACAAGGGGGUGGUUCACAGUCAGGCAAUAAACAACAACGUGUAUUUACAGGUACUGUCACUAAAGUUCAGGACAACUUUGGUUUUGUUGACGAAGACGUCUUUUUCCAAUCAAGUUGCUGUGUGAAAGGGUCUUCUCCUCAGGUUGGUGAUCAGGUCCUGGUUGAAGCAGUCUACAAUGCCAAUAUGCCUUUCAAAUGGAAUGCCACUAGGAUCCAAGUUUUAUCCAUGCAAGAUCAGCGUUCCGGUCAAAAUUAUGGGCGAUCACAGUCCAACUAUAAUGCUGUACCCCCACCAACAGGUCAUUAUCAACCCUGGCAUUAUUAUCAAGAAAGAAUGUAUUGGGAUGGACAGGUGAAUAGUGGAAACCCUGCUGGCAAUAGGUAUGGUGGAGGCGGAAGUAGAUUCAGCAAUGCUUCUGGUGAUCGAGGAGGAAGGGGAAUGGGUGGGAAUAUGAGGAGAGAUGAGCAAGACAAUAGGAAAAGGAGGAGGGAUGACAGAGAUAAAGAUGAAAAAGCCAAAUCUCCGCCUCGAAAAAGAAGUAAGUCGCCUAACAGGCAGGCAAGGAGACCAAGAAGACCUGUCCCAAGAUACAGUGUUACAGUUCCUAAGACAAAUUUAAAUACCCAUGAUGCUGACGUUGUGGAAGUUAAAAAACGUUAUCCAAACAUGUACAUACCAUCGGACUUCUUCCUGUCAGUUUUCCAAUGGACUGAAACUUUUCCUGUCGGCAAGCCAAUUUCCCUGGAUUAUCCUUGUGCUUUUCAUGUGCUGCAUAAGGAUGUUGAUAAUAUUAUUGAAAAUAAUGCUGUCUUAGAACCUCCUGAUGCUGACUAUUUAUUCUGUGCUAAGGUAAUGUUAAUGGCCAGCCCUGGUUUAGAAGACUUCUAUUCAAAAUGCAUAGUCCUGGCAGAGGAUAGAGAAGGGUCACGAUCCACAGUGGACGAGGAUUCUCUAUCCCAUCCUUCUCGACUGAUCCAUUUCCUCGUAGGGACUAGAGGUAAAGAGAACAUGGCCAUAGGUGGUCCAUGGUCUCCGUCAUUAGAUGGUCCCAACCCUAACGAGGACCCUGGGGUUCUAGUCAAAACUGCCAUAAGGACCACCAAGGCACUUACUGGCAUAGAUCUGUCCAAUUGUACUCAGUGGUUUCGGUUUAUGGAGGUCCACUACCACCGAGGGGAGAGUAUCCAUCGAGGGAAGACCUACCCAGCAAGGGUAGAGACAGUGGUCAUCUUUGUUCCGGACGUUUGGUCAUGUGUCCCUACUCGCCUGGAGUGGGAUGGGCUUCAACUCAGCUACCAGAAGGCGCUUUCCAGGAAACUCAACGACCACGACCAAAAGGAAGAGGAAGAAGAGGUGGGCGAAAAAGAAUCUCAAAGUGAGCAGAGUCCUGAUAAACCAAAGAGAGAACCUAAACAUCAUUCUGAAUUAGAUCCCAAGAACAUGAAGGUCUCCGAAUUGAGGGAAGAAUUGGAAGCUCGUUGUUUAUCUCCAAAAGGACUUAAAUCUCAGUUGGCUGCAAGAUUAACUAAAGUCAUUAAAACUGAGGAGGAGGAAGACACUAAACAGAAAGCAACAACACCGGAGGAUGGAUCUGUAGCAACUAAGAAGGAUAUCAAAGAAACUAAAGAGAAAAAGGAGGAUAUUAAGAAAGAAGAAGUAAAAGAAGAAGAAAAGAAAAAAAAAGAGGAAGAGGAACCUAAAAAGCUUGAUGAGAAGGAGCGACUGCUAUUGGAAAAGAGGUAUAAGCUGCCCAAAAAACCUAGUAUCUUGGUGCAUCCAAACAGAACAGCCAAAUCUGGCAAGUUUGAUUGCCAUUGUUAUUCAUUAUCGGUCCUUCUAGGCUACAGACAAGAUGAAACUAAGGAACAUAGUUUUGAAGUCUCUGUUUUUGCUGAACUUUUUAAUGAAAUGCUGAUGAGAGAUUUCGGCUUCAACAUUUACCGAGCUAUAGUAGAGGCCCCAGAAAAACCGAAAGAAGAAAAGAAGGAGGAAAAAGAUAAAACUAAAGAAGAGAAAGAUAAAGAUAAAUCAAAGGAGGAAAAAGAAAAGGAAAAGCCAAAAGAAAAAGAAGAUGAUAAAGAAACUAAGAAGGAGAAAGAUGGAAAGGAAGUAGUUGAAGAUGUUAAGGAAGAGAAUAAAGAAUCUGGUGAUAGCAAAGACUCAAAUCAAACAGAUAAGGCCAAAGAUAAAGAAUCUGAGGCUCAUGCUGAUGAACCUGAGGAAAUGGAAGAGGGUGAUAAAGAAGAUAAAGAAAACAAAGAAAAUGAUAAAGAUAAGAAAAAUGAGAAAGAGCCGCGUAGGGAGAGAGCGAAAUUGAUCACUCUUCAUAAAGAACUUCUUCUUUCUUUCAAUUUUUUUGACACUACUCGAUGUGGGUAUAUUUAUGACAAAGAUGUCGAAGAUCUGAUAUUUUCCCUAGGACUGACCUUAUCCAGGUCUCAAGUAAGAAAAUUAGUGAGUAAAGUAGUCUCAAGAGAUGCUGUCUACUAUAGGAGGCUAACUGAUAGGACAGAGGGUACAAUGAUGCCUGAGCAUCUAAGUUUAUCACAGCUCCUUGCUUUUAAACCAAUGCUGCCUUAUUCUAGUCAAGAAAAAGCCUCACAAAAUGGAGGUACUAGACAGGAUAAUGAAAUUAAAACAGGCCAGAUGAUUGUGUUCAAUGGUACACUCGUAGAUGUUGGUAAAUUGAUGGAACAAUUAGCAAGGAGCGAAAGUGCCAGAUUAGACACUGAAAAAUCUCUUGGGAAACUUCGUGAUGAAUUAAGUAAAAUUAAAGAAACUUCAUCAAAGUCUGAAAAAUAUAUUAAAGAUCUCAAUGCAGAUGUAAGGGAUUAUCGAGAUCGUCUUUCACAGACUAGUUCUGAGUUGUCAGUUUUACAGGCUAAAGAGAGACAGUUUAUGAGGACAUUAAAUGAAAUUAGUGAGAAAAUUAGGCCACUUUUAGCUAAACCAGAACCUAAAGCUGAACCGGAAGUUAAGGAGGAAAUAAUAGAUUUAGAAGAUAAGGGUGAAGAGCCUAUGGCAGUUGAAGACGACAAAUAGUUUUUGUACCAGAACAACUGUUUUUAAUUGUUAAUUUAAAAAGUUAAACAUAUUAAAUCAAUUACAAAAUAUGUAUUAUAUGGAUGUUUUUAUUUUAUCUUCUUUUUUCUUUUUUUAUGUAAUUUCAAUGAAGGAUUUGAUUCAAUUUGAACAUAGUUUUUGUAAUUGUUGAAUGUCUUGUGUAUUAUUUCUAAUAAACAUAAUUUAAAUAUUA